AGGGAGCAGCGCAAGAAAGCGGAAGGCGGGAUGAACGCGCAAAGCGCGCGAAGAAGAAGAGGAAAGAUAUGUAGAAGAGGAAGAGAGAGAUGGAGGACGAGUGAGCGGUGGAGAGGAUGUGGUCGCGAGGAAAGGGGGUGUUGAAAGAAGAAGAGGAAGAAGAAGAAGAAGAAGGAGGAGGAGGAGGAGAAAGAAGAGGAGAAGGAGGAGGAAGAAAGGAAGAGCGGGCGCAGGGAGCAAUGGAAGGACCGCGCGGAAGAAAUGAGGUGGUCGCGCAGAGAAGAGGGAGGCGAAAGAAGAAGAAGAAGAAAAAGAAGAAGAAGGAGGAGGAGGAGGAGAAAGAAGAGGAGAAGGAGGAGGAAGAAAGGAAGAGCGGGCGCAGGGAGCAAUGGAAGGACCGCGCGGAAGAAAUGAGGUGGAAGAAAACGCACGCAGAUUCGGGGAGCGAGAAGAGGAAGACGACGACGAAGAAGGAGGAGGAGAAGAAGAAGAAGAAGAAGAAGAAGGAGGAGGAGGAGGAGAAAGGAGAAGGUGGAGAGGACCACUCACCGUGACCGUGCAAUCGAGGCCGGCAACCUCGUGAGGCGGACUCAUCAUCCGCCAGGCUUCGUUGGAAGGCACGCUUGUGCCAAUCGU